AAAUGAUCAAAAUUUUUAUCUAUCAUGGCUUAUAAAAUCUGGGUUAAAUAUGAAGAUAAUUGUCCAAUCAAAAUUGUCAUUGACAAAGGGGACGUGGAUGAUUUGAAAAAGGUAAUCAAAAAAGAAUUACCAAGUCUUGAUGUUAGCAGGAUAUGCCUUCGCAUGCACGGUAAAGGGGUUGACUUAGACCCCGAACUUGAAAUAGAUGAGAGUUUUGUGAACAACUCAAAAACACCAAUUCAAAUAUUAUCUAAUGACAAUGAUAUCCGAAGGGCAGACUGGCAGUGGCCUUGUAUUAAAAUAAUGAAAGACUAUUGGGGAGAUGAAAAAAUCAUCUCAAUUGAAGAAAUUCAAAAACAAAGCAGUGCCAUUUUUAAAAUAAUUUACUUUAACUACAAGGAUGUUUGCACAAUUCUUGUUGAGUUAUACUCUCGGCCAUUGAUUCAAAUCCUUCAAGAAAUCCUCAUUGAUAACGAUAACAUUAACGAUGAUAUGCCCAAGAUCAAAGCUCAGGAUUUGUAUCACGUUAUGGAAGAUUUAGAAAUCCUAUAUAAUGGAUUGGAGACUGCAUCUAAAUCUACAUCUGAACCUUCGAUGGAAACCGAAAAAAAGAGCCACUUGAAUCACUUGAUCCGAUUCCUUAAACAGAAAUAUAAUGAGACGGUCGAAAAGCAAAAUAAAACGAUAGAAAAAAAGACAGUUUCAUUUGACAUGUUGUGGGUAUUCUAUACCAAGGACUUGGAAGUAUGGUACAAAUGUGUUAUGUCCAAUCAGCAAAUCAGUGGGACCAUUUUUUCAGCAGAAAAAGUAGUUAGAAUGAUAGAUUUUGAAAAGGUGUCAUUUUUUAAUAUAAUUAUUAAGGUUGUUGAUUAUGAUGGCCAUGGAUUUAAGCAAUGUUAUAUAGAACGCAAAAUCCGAGAAUUUAAUGGAGAGAAAAGUUUCUCUGAUUUAUUAGUUGUUCCAUUCAAAUUUUCUGAAUCUCACGACUUCCUCAAGGAAACCAUUUAUCGUAUUGGAAAAAAAUUCUUUGAACUCGCAGCCAACAGACAUUUUAUGGAGUAUACGGGCUCAUUGUUUCGUUGGAUAAAGGUGAAUGGUUGCUAUGAGAUAGAAGCGAUAAGGGCUGAUGGCCGUGUUAUGAUUGAUCUCAAAAGUUUUGCAACCAUGAAUCCUGGCUAUCCAAUGGACAAUGCAAAACCACCUAAUCCAUGUGAUGUUAAUUUGCUCGGUAAAAAGGGUUACCUCGAAGACUAUGACUAUGAGAAAUCUUAUUGUUUCGCACCUGCAUUAGUGUAUGGAUUUAGUUUUGCAUUGAAGGAAUGGGGCCAAUUCAUGGUCAUGAAUUUCAGUAAAAUUAAUUUUAAUGAAAGUGCUUUCGAGCAUUUGGUAAUGUCUCAGGAUAAAAAAGAAGUACUUUUAGAAUUAGUGAAACAGUACAGCAACCAAACGACAAAUAGUAAAGAACUUGAAAAUGUUAAUUCUUCUGACUCUCUAUUAGUAAAACAACUUGAUCCCAUUGCCAAUAAAGGUAAGGGAUGCAUCUUUCUUUGUUAUGGCCCACCUGGUACCGGGAAAACAUUAACAGCUGAAAGUGUAGCUGAAUUUCUUGAACGGCCAUUAUGGACGAUUGGCGUGCAUGAACUUGGAACGGAUCUUGCAAAGAUGGAACAACAAUUAGUUAAGAUUUUAGAUAUUGCUUUUACAUGGAAGGCUGUUCUCUUACUUGAUGAAGCUGAUAUCUAUUUUGAAAAACGUACCUACGAUAAUACAAACCGUAAUGCGAUGACUGGUAUAUUUUUACGUCAUCUAGAAUAUUAUCAAGGUAUCCUUUUCUUAACAACAAAUCGUGUUAUGAGUAUUGAUGAUGCUUUCCGUUCACGAAUUACUAUGUGUUUCCAUUAUCCAAAACUCAUUCCGGAGAAAAGGAAAGAAAUUUGGAAAAAUUUCAUCGAUGGUGCUGGCUUGGAUCUCAAUGCAGAUGAUUUUUCUAAAUAUGAAUUAAAUGGACGUGAAAUCCGUAAUAUCCUUCAUAUAGCGCAAACGUUGGCCGAAGGUAAUAAUGAAGGAAUUACUAAAGACCAUGUGACCAAAGUCAUUAAGAUAGCUCAGGAAUUUCAGGAAGAUAUGGAAAAAAUGAGAUCAUACGAUCAAGACUAUCCAGAGAUUUCAGGAAAUGAAAAGGCUAAGAAGAAAUUAAUGGUUUUUGAGAUAAUUAGCAAAAAAGUAACCAAAUGGCUAGUUAAAAAUCGACAGUAACGAAGAUUUAUAAUUAGAUAUAAGCUUU